UGCAUGUGAAGUCAGACAGCAGUGCACACCACUUGAAAAAAAUGUUUCCAGUGAAAGAGUUCGACGUUUUCUGUGAACUCCUGAAUGCAGAAAACACUAUUUCAGAAGGAGAUGUCUUGAGAGGAGCAGUUCGUUUUGACUUGGAAAGCGAGACAAACGUGAAGAGCGUUUUUGUGAAAGUGAAAGGCGAGGCUGCAGUAGAAUGGUUCGAGAUAUUUAAAAAAUGCAUUUUCGUCUACAAGGCACGUCGAAGAUAUUUUAAAGUCAAAGAAUAUCUCAUCGCACCGCAAAACAGAGCUAUUGAACUAGCCAAAGGGUUGCAUCACCUCGAUUUCGUUCUGCGUAUCCCAGAAGGGGACUUUCCAUCCUCCUUUCGUGCAUUAAAUGGAACCAUUCUUUACACACUGGAAGUCAAAAUUCCCAUGACUUGGCGACAGACCUUUCGAUGGAAAACCGAGCUCAAUUUUCUAUCCAAGUCUUAUGCUCUCCUUGGAGGAAUGAGGAGUCGUCAGAGCAGUUCUGUUGACAAAAGAGUGGGCAUCUUCUCUAGAGGUCGAGUCAACAUGAGAGUCACUGCUAACAAACAAUGUACCAAAGGUGAAGUGCUCUACAUCGUUGCCCACAUCAGCAACAUGUCUUCCAAAAAAGUGACGCCCAAGUUUAAGUUAAUACAGACCACUAGGUACAAGGUUAGAGGCGCAACACCUGGACAACAAAUCACCCGCCUAAUUCUAAGGACGACUAAGGACCCAGUCAAAUCAGGCACUGAAGCAACUGUUAGUUGUCAUUUCCCAAUUCUAGAUGACAUGUCGUAUUCUAUCCACAACUGCUCCAUCCUCAAAGUUUGGCACACCAUCAAGGUGUCCUUGGACAUCAGCUUUGCAUGCAACCCAACUGUGCUCUUACCCCUGGACAUUAUCCCAGCAAAGUAUCUCUCUCCCCCAGAUGACAGUGAUGCUGGUCCUUCAGCUGCCCCUCCUGCAGUCCCUCACUUAGAGUGACAUCUAUGGACCAAGGCACCGCAAACAGAUGGACCGGAGAUGAACUUAAACAUGUCAGUAAAGCUUGUUAGACUGUGGUCUGUAUUGCUACCACACGCAACCUCACAAACACAACAAACAACAACACACAAAUGACAACAGUCAAAUGUACUGUACUGUACCACAUAUACUUGCACACUUGCACAGUAGCAGUUGCACCAUGCUGAUAACUAUUUUGAGACUGAAAUAAAAUGUGAAGAAAAUAA